UCCGCGUGCGCACACAGCCAACUGAAGGCGCACCGAUAAGCCGGCCUUAACGUCAUAGAGCCGCAAACUGCGGGGCAUACAUGCAAGCAAUGCCGGUAGUGCCAGCGCGUCAUCUCAAAUCUUUGCCAUGACAUCAGAGUACUGGAAAAACUGCACUUCGUACAGAAGCUUCAGAAGUGACUGCGAACCGUAGGGGCUUCCAUGCUGGCGCAUUAGCUGUGAGCUUCAGAUGUACUGUGCGUGGAUCUUCGUCAAAAGUGGUGAUUCAAGUUAAACCAAGCGAAAGUCGGAGCCAUGGCUUGGUUCUCAAAGAAAGACCAAGGCACCACACUUACCGGUUUCGCCAGAAUCCUCGCUAAUGCAGAUGCUGCUGUUUUCGGCAGUGUGGACGAUGUCCUCGCCAUCUUUAAGACCAUUGACAAGGAGUUCUCCAAAGGCAGCACCACCCGUGUCAGUGCCAUCUGCACAUUCGAAGCAGAGUCUUCGUGCUGGGCGGUCGAUCGUCAGCUAGCUUGGAACACCUUGUUGAACCAUCGCGGCGUUGAAAUGAUCCAGCUGCAGAAAGGCAGGCUUCACUUUCGUUCGUUGAACAUUGAUCCAGAGGACUUGACGGCGACUGGUGACGUCAAGUUCCUCUGUCUGUACCUGUGGCUUCUGAGACAGCAUCGGUGCAUCUCUGGAGUCGUCCUGUCGAUUCCUGUCCUGGCACCGAGGCAUGCGGGUCUGUUCGUGUCACUGCUGAGGCUCACGAAUUACGUGGAAAAGUGUGAGAUACACGGCAGCGAUCCACUCAAAGGACAAUCUCUCGCAAAGGCCGAGCCGAGGGCAAACACUCUAGACUACUUAUAUCUGCUGAGAGAGCUGGGACUGUCUGCGGUCCACUUGAUGGAUAAUGACGUCACCAUCCUGGCCCGUCUUGUGGAACGAAACAAGUGUCUCAAUGCCCUCGUCCUUAUCGACGUAGAGAUGAGCGUGCAGGCCUUCGCCCAGCUCGUCGCCAAGGUGGUGAAACACAAGAAACUGGAAGACUUGCGCAUUAAGAUGACCGCCAUGGAAGACGAGCCAUUGUUCAACAAAACCCUGAGACUAAUUGGCCAAUCAUGCACCAUCAGGAGGCUGUACGUCCACGUCGACCGCGGCUUGUCAAGCCUGCUGCAGGGUCUCCUCAAAAACACGUCCUUGAGAGAACUUACCCUGGAGCCGACGAUCAACGACGCGAAAGUGCUUUGCGCGCUGGCUAACUUUCUCGAGAAACGGAAGACUUGCAAACACCUGAAGGCUUGCCUCAAUACCAGCGAGUUUGUGACCGUGUCUCGCGCGCUAGACGACAUGCAACGAAUCGUCGGCAAGAGUUCGCUGCGCACCUUGGUGCUUUCGGGAUCGACGGUCGCGCCUCUAGCUGCACGUCGGCUCGCCGAUGGAGUCGCGGUGAGCAAAACGCUGAAGGAGCUACAUCUGGACGGCUGCCAGCUCACAUGCGCCGACGUCCUGUCCUUCGUGGUGGCCAUCGAACGGUGCGCGGCAUUCGGUCAAUUCAAAGAACUAAACGUGGGCACACUGCUUGGGAAAGAGCACGAGCAGCGCGACCUUUUCAGGAACAUAGUGAUGGCAGGCGUCAGCGACAAGAUCACGCUCGUCUCUAAUGACUGCCUCGUGGCGCCCUUGUGCGAAGCGCUGAAAACGAACAUAACACUUGUCAAUGUUUCUCUCUCCUAUGGAAAAGCUACGGAGAUUGACCCUCUUCUGUAUGUCCUAAGAAACACGGUGGGGACAUUGAGGAACCUGUGCAUCGACACUCCUCAAGUACUCGGUAGCGUGGGCGGCCGGUUCCUAGCUCACAUCAUCCGGAAAGGCGACUCGCUCAAGGUUGUCCGACUGCGCUGCCGAACCGAAACGAGCGUGUCCAUUCAUAUCCUCAAGGCUUUGGCGGAGUCCAGGAGCGUGGCCCUUCUAACAAUCGAGCGUUGGGACCUUUCCGAGAGCGUCGGAUGUGCCUUCGCGGACAUGUUGCGCCAGAACCGCAGCUUGAACCGUCUCGAGUUUUACUGGAGUGAUGCCGACUCUUAUGUGUUCUUCAAGAGGCACCUGAAGAGGGGUCUCAAGGUCAACGCGUCUGUGUCGGUCGUGAAGAUGUACCAGGGCCAGCAGCGUGACGAAGUGGCAUUAUGCCGCUUUGGCACACUGCAGUCUCUCCACAAGAACGCGAUGAUACUGGCUUGGGUCACGGACGUCAUCCUGAGGGACGGAAUGUGUCUUGAGGCUGCCGCGGCCGCUGCCUUCUUUAAGGUUUGCGAUGCGCCUCUGGAUCUGUUUCAGCGGACAGCCGAUUUCUCGCCCCGUACGGCUACGAAUCGCGUACGCAUGGCUCGCAUGGCGACGAGGACGCAGUACUAUGCCUUGCUUUCUGCGUUUGGCGAUGGGCUCGAGUAUAAUUUGACGCCUCUCGGACGAGCUCUCUUUCAGAAUAUGCUUUAUUCUAUGCGUGACGACGUCUUGAGCGCCAUGGGUCUUCAAGCCGACCUCUACGGAUAGUAGCAGCUUAGACUGGGAAUGAAAUGUUUGCUGCAAUAUUUUUUUUGCAGCUGAAGGCAGAGGCGGAACCCUAUAGUGAACUUACAAGUUUGGGGGGGUUUUCCAGCACUACGAUGUUUGUUGGUGUUUCGAUUUCGACAACGUGUUGGUGCUUUUCUGUACACAGCGCUGUAUCACUUCCAUUUCUUCGUAGAAUUGUAUAUAUGGGUUUAGUCGGACUUCUCAGGUUAUCGGCGCAAAAGUGGCAGCAAAAGACAAUGUGAAGUUUAGUGCUGCUGUUUUACCUUUACAGUGACAUCCAGCAUGCCUCCCGAGAUAACAUGAUCGCGUCAUCCAUUAAACUUUUUCCUACUUG